AUUUAUAAUGAUUAUUUUAAAACUCACGUGGUGUUUUUAAGUUUUAUCACGCGUUACCCAAAACCCCACUGAGCUUCUUCGUUGAGUUCCCUCUACCUUAGAGUUUACUCGUUUUGUCCAUUUCCUAUUUAACUCCAAAGCCCUAUCCCCUCUUUCACUAACUUUGAAUUUCUCAUUCUAAGUUCCCGAGCCUCAUUCCGAACCCAAACCUGCCUUACGCUCGGAUCUGAUAGACCGUUCAUUAAUGGCGGACCGUCGGAACUCAGGCAGUGAAACGAAUGAAGAGUCGGGUGGUCAGAUUUUGAAGUACAAAGGUGUACGAAAGAGGAAAUGGGGCAAAUGGGUCUCGGAAAUUCGGCUGCCCAACAGCCGUGACCGUAUUUGGUUGGGUUCUUACGACAAACAAGAGCAAGCGGCGCGUGCUUUCGACGCGGCACAAUUCUGUCUGCGUGGUCCCCAUGCGAAGUUUAAUUUUUCAGAUAGUCCGCCUGAAAUUGACGGCGGCGACCGGCUUUCGGCUCAGGAGAUUCAGGCAGCCGCAGCGAAGUUCGCUGUCGAGCACGGCGGAGAGGAACGAGUUAAAACGGGUAGUAGUAGUAGCAAUGAGGAAGCUCUAACCGGUAAACACUCUUCAGGGGCGGUUGACAGCGGCGAUGGAAGCAGCAGCGCUUGGGCGGCUUGGGACUUGUUGGACGGUGGUUCGGAUUUUGGGUUCGGUAAUAUUAUGUGUCGGAAUGAAAUGCUCUAUGAUAGCGACAUUAUGUUCCCGGGACAAGAAAAUAUGGAGGAUAGGUUUGUUGAUGGUGGAGAAUAUUUUUGUCACGAGGCUAAUUUCCUAUGGAACUUUGAUAAUCAUUAAGCCUAUAAGCUAUAGUCUUUCAAAAGGGCCAAAAAAACAAAAAAGGGGAAACCCCAUAAGCCAUAGCUUGGUUGGGUCAUUUGGUCAAUUUUA